AAAACACAACGUUUCGACCGGGGAGCCUUCAUCAGGUGUGAAUAUUGUAUUCACUGCGUUGGAGAAAGACGCUUCUGCUCCCGGCUCACUUCGGAGAAGAGCAGGGCGUGAAGAACUGUCCCACACUGACGAUCUGAAGAAACGACCCUUUUCAGUCUUGAACAGACACGACCUUUUCAAAAUAAACUCGCGAAUCAGACGACUAGAGCGCAAACUGCGGGGAAACUCACUUAAAACGGUGAAAAGAUACUCGGAUCGAUUAUCUACUUGUUAAAAAAAAAGAUCUAGGACGGUAUCUGUGCCUAAAUGUAAAUACUGUACCACUGUUGUGAGCUAAAGAUUCGCUUGUUCGUUGCUGUGUAAAUGUUAGCGAUGUGUUGAACGCUGAGAGCGAGGAGAGUUUCAGUGCGGGACGCCGGCUCUUUAAAGGCAGGGCUGCCCCUGCGGGACGAGGUCAUGUGACCACGCGGGUGACGUCACGCAUUGCAGCACAACAAGAAGUUCGGCGCUGAGUUUGCGCUCCGAGUGCGGCUCACGGCACCACCUCUUUCAUCUUUCAUCUGUACCCCCACAGCUCCGGCUGCUCGCACUACCGAAGACAUCCGGGCUGCUGGACAGUUGUGCUCUACAUGAUCCUGGCUGCUGAGGACAGGCAGUAAAGCAGCUGAAAUGACCACGAAAAUGGCCCCAGGUGUCCCCUACGAGCAGCUGGUGUCGUUGAGGAUGUCAGAGGAGGACCGACUGCCCGGCUACAGGAUUCAGAAGUUUUUUAACGAGUAUUACAGGUGCUUCCUGCUGUCUGCUCUCCUGACCGCUCUGCUCCUGGGGAUGAUGUUUGUCCAGCUGCUGAUCCCUGUCCCAGUCUCUGCAACACAGCGGCCCGGCCCUGCCAAGUCGAUGCCUCAGUCCAGCUCCUGUGGUGACCCCUGCAGAAUCGUGCUGGUGGAGAGCAUCCCUGAAGGAGUGGAGUUCAACUCCAGCACCACCAACCCCUCCAUCUACCAGGCGUGGCUGAAGCUGAUGGGUGAGGCUCAGAGCAGCCUGGACAUUGCUUCUUUCUACUGGACCCUCAGCAACAGGGACACGCAGACCAGUGAGCCGUCUGCAGCACAGGGAGAAACGAUCCUGCAGGAGCUGGUGGGUCUCGCCCGGAGUGGGAUCACAGUCAGGGUUGCUGUCAACACCCCCAGAAAGUCCCAGCCGAAGGCCGACCUCCAGGCACUGGAGGAUGCAGGAGCUGACGUGCGUGAAGUGAACAUGCUGGAGCUCACCACAGGGGUGCUGCACACCAAAUUCUGGGUCGUGGACAAGAAGCACUUUUUCAUCGGGAGUGCCAACAUGGACUGGAGAUCCCUGACGCAAGUGAAGGAGCUGGGGGUCGCUGUGUACAACUGCAGCUGUUUGGCUCAGGACCUGGGGAAGAUCUUUGAAGCCUACUGGUUCCUGGGCCAGGAGGGGGCCAGCAUCCCCAGCCAUUGGCCCAGCAGCUACUCCACCCCCUACAACAAGGACACGCCCCUGGAGGUGGAGCUCAAUGGAACCUCUUCAGACGUCUACCUGUCGAGUGCUCCUCCUGCCCUGUGCGGCGAUGGCAGGACUCCGGACCUGGAGGCCAUCCUGAGCGUCAUCCAGGAUGCCCAGGAGUUCGUCUACAUCGCCGUCAUGAACUAUCUGCCCACCAUGGAGUACUCCCACCCCAAGAGGUACUGGGCCGACAUCGACAGCCAGCUGCGCAGGGUGGCGUACGAGCGCAGGGUCCGGGUCCGCCUGCUCAUCAGCUGCUGGGGUAGCUCGGAGCCCACCAUGUUCCCCUUCCUGCGCUCGCUGGCCGCGGUCCACGAUCCCACCAGCAAGCUGGACAUCCAAGUGAAGCUGUUUGUGGUUCCUGCCACACCCAGCCAGAAGGAGAUCCCCUUCGCCAGAGUCAACCACAACAAGUACAUGGUGACGGACAAGGUGGCCUACAUCGGCACGUCAAACUGGUCCGGCGACUACUUCCUGCACACAGCCGGGUCGGCGCUGGUGGUCAACCAGACCGCGGCCCAGUCCGCCGGCGGCACCGUGCAGGAGCAGCUGCAGGCCGUGUUCCAGCGGGACUGGGACUCCGCCUACAGCACCCUGCUCAGCGAGGCCACCGGGGCCAAGGACCUCUGCCCCGGCCAGUAAGAGGGGCGACCAAGGGGCACCCAGCCCCACAGUGGGGCUCCAGUAAAAGACCCCUUUUAAAAAUGGAUGUAAAUAGAAGUAUCUUUGCAGGAAAGCAUCACCCAAAUAGUCAUCAGUAAUGGGAGCGAGUGCUGCUGCCCCACAGAUACUGGGCUCCUGGCACUGAUUCUGGCCAUGGGUACCUUCUGGAGUGAAGUUUGCAUGCUCUUCCAUGUUUCUCAAGGUGCUCCUGUUUCCUACCAUCUUCGAAGGGCCUGCUGGUUAGGCUCAUUGUGCCCCAGGAGUGUUCCUGUGUGCUGUGUGACUAUACCCCCAAUCCCAGGUAUAAUACUGCUCUCUACCCUGUAUUUCCAGGAGUCUUGCCAGGAAUAUGCAGCUUCAUGACACUUUAUGGUGGAUAGAUAAGUGUGACUAGAGUCCUGUCCAGCUGGGGAGCCGCCAUGUGACCUGGUUUGAACCCUGGGCUUCUAGGAUAGCCCCGCCCAGAUCUGCGGCUCUCUGAUGCGGCCGGGUGAAACUGUAAACUUGAAAACAAGUAUUCAAAAGCCAUUCGAAUAUGUUACACCCAUCUCUUAGGGCUGAACUCCAGCUGAAAACGGAAUCCUUUAUAGAAAGUAUCUGACUGUCCUGAACUGAUUAUCCACAACUCCACAAAACGGAUUCAUCUGGUCACCGGAAGACUAAAAGAAGUUUGGUCUCUCUGUCUGCUGCCUACUUUGGAGUUAUUGUUUACCUAGCAAUACUGUAGUUGUACUGUUUUUUCAUUUGGGAAAUAGUUACUUUGAUUUUUAAAUACUUGAUAGUUCUGUAGUUAACAAUCUAAUUGAUUCACAGAUGGGUUGGUGCUGUGAAAUAAAAGACUUUAGAAAUUCAAAUACUUUAAAAGAUUGCUGUUACAAAACAGAUCGUUGUAUAGAUAAUAUAUUUUCUUCUAAUCAGCCAUCAAAUAGCCAAAGUAUUUUUUACCUUCUCCACAUUUUUCAAAAGCCACAACACUCUGAAUCCUUGAGGUCAUGGUGCCGUUUCUGAGCAUCGGUACGUGCUUAAAGACUUCAUGAAGACGUCAGAGAGCAGUGCAAUCUGUCUACAUUCUGUAGAGGGCGUGUCACUUGGAAGUCUCUAGGUUGACAUUUCAUGACUCUGUACUGAAAGCCUGUGGCCAGAUUCCUUCAACUGUAAUCAAAGGGGAAUAAAGGGAAAUUUGGAAUUCUUACCUGACAGUGUGAUUUCAGGGAUGAGUAAUAUAAAUAUUGGAAAUAUAAAUGAUUGAUGGUCGGUGUUGGUGGGAAUGUUUGUUUAGGAUGAUGAAUUCUAACUCUUCAGUGUUACCCAGGAUAAUCUCUGCCACCAUGAGGCAGGAACCACUUUACUGUUCGAUUAUUUAACUACCUGAAUUAUAAAAUUAUCUGUAUCUUCCCUUCA